AACUUGUGGUCCGACCUCCCUUUCUUAUCGUAUUCGAGUUCAACACCCUUUCUUUUUCAUCACUAAACUUGGUCACAUCAAGCUUUAAUCUCAUUGUUUUCUCCUUUUAUCUUAACCAACUAGUAGUCUCUCUUCCCUUCCCCACCUCAAAGAUUCCAAGGACAAUCAAAUCCAAGUGAUCACUAGCCACCUGCCUAACUCACUCCUUUUAUUCCCUCUAUGUAGUUUAACCCUUGCACUUCAACUCGGAAUAGCUUCCUUCUAGCUUCUUGAUUUGGGUACUUACUACUUCAAACAAACUCCAAUAAUGCCAACGGUUCAAUCUAGUCCGUAUUUGCAAAUGGACAAUCCGGCAAUACUGUCUUUGCUUCGGCCUACUCCCGAACAGAAGCCCCGUAAGUCCAGUAGUGGUGGUGGUCUCAUGCGUAUGUUCAAGCUCUUCCCCAUGUUAACCUCAGGCUGCAAGAUGGUUGCUCUGUUGGGCAGGCCUAGGAAGCCUUUACUCAAGGAUGGUGCUACCACAGGUACGAUUUUUGGCUACCGUAAAGGCAGAGUUUGCUUAGCAAUUCAGGAUGAUCCCCAUUGCGUCCCCAUGUUUGUCAUCGAGCUACCCAUGCUCACCAGCUUACUUCGGAAGGAAAUGGCGUCUGAUAUAGUCAGAAUAGCUCUGGAGAGUGAGACCAAGACUCACAAGAAGAAACUGCUGGAAGAGUUUGUGUGGGCCAUCUACUGUAAUGGAAGGAAAGUGGGUUACUCCAUCAGGAGGAAGCAAUUGUCCGACGAUGAACUUCAUGUUAUGCAGCUCUUGCGUGGUGUGUCGAUGGGCGCCGGGGUUCUUCCGAGCCCAAACGAGAAGGAAACCGUGACGUCCGAUGGGGAAUUGACGUAUAUGAGAGCAAGAUUUGAGAGGGUGGUUGGAUCAAAGGACUCGGAAGCAUUGUAUAUGAUUAAUCCAGAUGGUGCACCUGGGCCAGAACUAAGUAUUUUCUUUGUAAGAGCUCGUUAGAAAUUUGUGCUAGUUUUACACCAUAAAACUAUUUUUCUCUUUAAUGUUUUUCACUAAUUAUUCAAUGAUGGAAAGAAACAGAUCGCCAUGGCUAUACUGUGUUGAAUGCACCAUCCCAUGGUUGAAGCUAGCUCAUAGUUUUGCGGUAGAUGCCAAAACCUUAAUUAGCUGCUCUGUCACUUUCAUGUAAUUGAAUACCGAUGUAAUCUCCUGUUUCUGCCUUGAGAAUAAAAUCGAAUGCCGACA